GUUGGUUAGCUUACUCCUUUCUGCCCGUGGACGCCGCCGAGAAAGCAUCGUUGAAGUCUCUGUUCCUGCUGCCGUCAUGUCUAAAUCAGAGUCCCCUAAAGAGCCCGAACAGCUGCGGAAGCUAUUCAUCGGAGGGCUGAGCUUUGAAACAACUGAUGAGAGUCUGAGAAGCCAUUUUGAGCAAUGGGGAACACUCACGGACUGUGUGGUAAUGAGAGACCCAAACACCAAGCGCUCCAGGGGCUUUGGGUUUGUCACUUAUGCCACUGUGGAGGAAGUGGAUGCAGCCAUGAAUGCAAGACCUCACAAGGUGGAUGGAAGAGUCGUGGAACCAAAGAGAGCUGUCUCAAGAGAAGAUUCUCAAAGACCAGGGGCCCACUUAACUGUGAAAAAGAUCUUUGUUGGUGGCAUUAAAGAAGACACUGAAGAACAUCAUCUACGAGAUUAUUUUGAACAGUAUGGGAAAAUUGAAGUUAUUGAAAUCAUGACUGACAGAGGCAGCGGAAAGAAGAGGGGCUUUGCUUUUGUAACUUUUGACGACCAUGACUCUGUGGAUAAGAUUGUCAUUCAGAAAUACCAUCCUGUGAAUGGCCACAACUGUGAAGUGAGGAAAGCCCUGUCAAAGCAAGAGAUGGCUAGUGCUUCAUCUAGUCAAAGAGGUCGAAGUGGUUCUGGAAACUUUGGUGGUGGUCGUGGAGGUGGUUUUGGUGGAAAUGACAAUUUUGGUCGUGGAGGAAACUUCAGUGGUCGUGGUGGCUUUGGUGGCAGCCGUGGUGGUGGUGGAUAUGGUGGCAGCGGGGAUGGCUACAAUGGAUUUGGUAAUGAUGGUGGUUAUGGAGGAGGCGGCCCUGGUUACUCUGGAGGAAGCAGAGGCUAUGGAAGUGGUGGACAGGGUUAUGGAAACCAGGGCAGUGGCUAUGGCGGGAGUGGCAGCUAUGACAGCUAUAACAACGGAGGAGGCGGAGGCGGCUUUGGCGGUGAUAGUGGAAGCAAUUUUGGAGGUGGUGGAAGCUACAAUGAUUUUGGCAAUUACAACAAUCAGUCAUCAAAUUUUGGACCCAUGAAGGGUGGAAACUUUGGAGGCAGAAGCUCUGGACCUUAUGGUGGUGGAGGCCAAUACUUUGCCAAACCACGAAGCCAAGGUGGCUAUGGCGGUUCCAGCAGCAGCAGUAGCUAUGGCAGUGGCAGAAGGUUUUAAUAUUGCCAGGAAACAAAGCUUAGCAGGAGAGGAGAGCCAGAGAAGUGACAGGGACGCUACAGGUUACAACAGAUUUGUGAACUCAGCCAAGCACAGUGGUGGCAGGGCCUAGCUGCUACAAAGAAGACAUGGUUUAGACAAUACUCAUGUGUAUGGGCAAAAAAAACUCGAGGACUGUAUUUGUGACUAAUUGUAUAACAGGUUAUUUUAGUUUCUGUUCUGUGGAAAGUGUAAAGCAUUCCAA